CUCGGCUUUUGUACCCUAUUUCUGUGCAAAAUAAUGGAUCCAAGCAGCAGGAUUACCAGCAGCAUAGACGAUCAGUACACCUCGAUUACGCUGAAUUCGUUUAACAUUUGGAAAACGACAGUACGAUUGGUGCACGUUCAAUCGCUUAUUUAUAAUCUGCGUCACGCAAGCCUUUCCGACCAAACGGCAGUCGAUCUUCUGCGGCAGACCAUAGCGUACAUUUCGGAUCUCGCUUCCGAGGGUGCUGAUGACGAAGAGGACGUGCUCAAAGAGAUGCAAUCGCUAGCGGACACCUCGGUGGUCAGUUUAAGGACGGUACUGUGCGAUAGAUUGAACGCCCUAGCCGAGAAGCUCACUCAAGAAAUUACGUUUCGGACGGAUAAUGCCGAGUUUUUCGACGACCUGGAGACAACCCUUAGUCGAAUGAAUCGGGAGGCAGCGGAAAGCACCAAACGAGAAAUUAUGCACCACGUGUCAGUGGCAAAGAAACGCUUGGCAGAACGGAAGCGGCAGCGUGGGCUACAUUUCCACCGGCAGUAAUAUGGCUUUUAGGCAAAUUCACCAUCUCGCUCCCCCUUUCCCGUUGCCGUUGAAUAACGCAGAUAUUAUCGUCUUGACGAUAUUCUCGAUGCAUAAACAGCCUAAUGAGAAAACAAUUUGAAACGAAU